AUGGUGAUGUCAUCGUACGACGUGGUCACCUUAUCCGUUGAGGGUCACUCACGAGCCCUUGUCGUCAAAAUAAAGCCACUUGAUCUUGCCUUGGAGAAUCACACAGUCAUUGAGUAUCCUCAGGGCAAAACCUAUGUGCUGCUAAAUCAGACCCAUCUUGGUGCAUAUUCGAAUGGUGACAGAUCUGCUAUAACGUACAAGAUCACCAGUGGACCUGAAAACGGAACCUUCUACUGGGUGGCUGGUGAAAAAGAAGCGAAGCUGUUUACUCAGAAGGAUAUUGAUGAUGGAAAAAUCCUGUACGCUCAACUCAAUAUGCAUUCUUAUAAGGACAGUUUUGAGUUUCUUCUGGCCAACUCCGAGAAGGGAGUGGUACGAAAUCGAUCAGAAAUUCGUGUGAAAUCGUUGGUUACUGCUCAGCCGGUGAUUGUGGAAACUAACACUGCGGUUCCACUGACGCCCAGUCAACUCAACGCCACCGCUCUACAGGGUUCAACUCCCCGGUUUCUUGUCACUGCUACCCCUCGUUACGGUAGAAUUUCUCUCGAUCCCGUAUUGAAUCAUUCAGCACUUUUCUUCACUUUCCCGGAUAUCCUCCGAGGCCGUGUGUAUUAUCAGGCCUUUGCUACCGAUAGAGAGGUCACUGAAGAGCUGGAGUUGGAAGUUCGUGCGGAUAGUGUACAGCCGGCUCGUCUUAUUCUUCCCAUCACUAUCAUUCCAAGUGAUGUGGACGUGCAAGAGCGAUCCGAGAAGGAGAAAGCUUCUGACGGCAAACGGAAAGAGACGCGAUUUCCAAAAUCGCGUUUGAUACCGGCUAGUGAUCAGCUCCCGGUGAUCGUACUGGUGGUGGUGCUGUUCAUCACCGUGUUUAUACUGCUGUGUCGUCGUAAACGGCCUAAACCAAAAUUAGAUACCCCACAAGAGCAACAAACACCUACGCCUAAGACGUCAUUGCAGGAAAAACCGGAUCUGCUAGGUAAUCCUAAACACACUCUUUUCCGAUUAUUUUAG